GACAUGGCAGGUUACUACAUAACGGAUUCAAGCUAAAUAGGCGUAAGGAUAGAUGAGCUCUGUCCGAUAGCGCCCUCUCUUCCUCCACAACACACAACUUGUCCAGCCAGUCCCACUUCAUUCUGUAGGCCACCAGCAUCUGUAGUAUACUCAAAUCCAUCUUCUAUCUUACUCCAGUUUCCGGUAGCCAUGGCCACUACUUCCCAACCCAUCACUUUCCAGUCUCCUAAACAUCCUGAUUUCCACAUGGCAUCAGGUUCAUUUACUGGUAACAACAACUCCAUCCCUUAUUUCCUAGGUUCGCCAAUAUCAUGGCGUGCUGGCUCAUUCGGAAGUCGCUUCUACCCUGGUUGCUCCCCUGGUCAACUCCUGGGUCCACUCGAUCCUAGUGAAUUCAAGUGUCACAAGCUGUCGUCCUCUAUCGACAGUGACCGUGGUUCAAUUCUCAAUGCUCUCAGUGCCUUCGACAAGGAGGACGAAUUGUGCCGAAACUACACAUGCUGUGGUCUACAGCUAGAUGACCUACAUGCUCUGCUACAGCAUUUCGAGGAGGUCCACGUUGUCGUGCUUGAUCCGUUCGGCCACCCCCAGUUCCCAGUCGUCCCACCUCUACCCCAGUCUAUUCGUAAUGCUUACUUCCCAGACUACCAUCAACAUCCUCCAUCUUACAACCAAGGUGGCUUUGAUCCUGAUGACAUGGAACUCGACAUUGAACAGGGCAGUACGCCUUCGUCAAACGCAUCAACACCCCCUGACACUCCCCUCACCACCCCACUGUCGUCACAUCCUACUCAUUCGUUUAACCACUUUGGUCAGUCGAAACCUGCCUCUCCGCAUCUUCCCGUGUCGGCAUUUGAUACGACAACGGUGCUCCCUUCCCGCUCCAUUCACGGUUCAGCAUUCCCACCAUCCCGGAAUGGUCUUCCAAAUGUGGCAAAUGCCCCCGAUGCAUUUAAUGGUUACGCGGGCUACUCCGACUACUCAUCUUCAAUGCCUGGCACUGUUCCUUCCCCACCCGCCAGUGAUGAUCUUCACUCACCUAUCACACCUGUCAGUGAGCUAGGUAGUCCCUACGGCUGCCUUCCUCCAGCUGUGGUAUUCUCCACGAGCAACACUCCUGUCAACACCCCUUCAGCAUCUCGCGUUCCGUCUCCAGCAAGCGCCUCGCGCCACCCCGCGCCCUCCGCGGCCACGCUUCACCCGUCAGAUCCCCCUGCUUCUAAAGCUUUCACGUCACAGCAGGGUAGUCAACGUGCCAGUACCACGCUCUCUCGCCCUGCAUCAUCAUUACUAUUAUCGAAGCCCUUCCAUUGCCCUAAGCCGAAUUGCAACAAGAGUUACAAGCAAGCUAAUGGGCUCAAAUAUCACAUGACUCACGGCAGCUGUAACUUUGCGCCACCCAAAGACCUCGAGCAAGUACAAGCAUUACUGGCUAGCAAGCGGUCCGCCCGCGAGGCUGCCGGAGAAGAUCGGGGUAUCACCGAGGGUGAGAUGCGUGAAGUCGAACGGGAGGCAGAGCGUAGGCUUCGGCCCUUUGCCUGCGGUGUUAGCGAUUGCCAGCGCCGAUACAAGAACAUGAACGGUUUGCGGUAUCACUACCAGCACUCGGGUGACCACGGUGCAAUUGGCUUAUCUCUCCUGGCCAGUGGACAGCACGAAUGUCUACAGCACGCCCAUGGACGGAGUAGCAGUGCAAGCUCGCGGCAUUCAACACCAGCAGCGAGUGGACAUUCAACGCCAGUGACCGGACACUCGACGCCGACAUAUGCUCAACAAUAUCAGCAGCAGAUGCUUUACUCGUCCGCACAGCAGCAGUACUUGCGUCAGCAGCAGGCCCUGCAAGCACAGAUGCAGAUAAACUAUCCUGCCGUCUCAGCCGAAGCUGGCCCUAUCAUCGUCGCCCAACACUAAAGAUCGGCGCUCGUUCAAAACGCAAAAGUCCGAAAGGACGAUUUUCGAACGUAGACUAGAUGUAAUUUAUCCUCCCAUCAUCACAUCCCUACUCGCUGUCGGUCACCCCUCUGCGCUUUCUGGGGCGGCCUCGACCUCUCGCCAUCCCGAUAUACGGCGCAAA